AUGCCGAGCGUUAACGGAUUUACUCACGAAGACGACAUUAUCUUGGUCGACUUGAUCCGCGAACACCGCGAGCUGUACGACGUCAAGCACAAAAAGCACAAGGAUAAUGUGUUCAAGGACCGCGUAUGGAACGAAAUAUCGAUCGACAUCGGAAAAUCGGUUUAUCAAUGUAAGAGACGAUGGAAAAACAUAAAAGCAUAUUACUUGAAGAGUAAAAGUAACAUGGAAACUGCAUCAUCAAUGAAUAACAAUUGGCCAUUGACUACUUAUGUAUCAUUUCUAGAUGAAAAUCUGUGUGAACAAAACAUCAAAGCUAACAAUGAAAAUGGUGAAGUACAACUGCAACUUGGGGAACAGAUUGAUGUUAAGUUUUUGAAUGACAAUAAUUUAGCAUUGCCAACUUCUUCUUCUGCUGAGAAUACUACUCAAUUAAAAGAAAACAAAAUAGCGGCUAUUUUAGCAGAAGGAUUAAAAGAAAGAAAUGAAAUAUUGUAUAACAGCUUGCAAAAGCAAAUUGAAAUACUUGAUAAUACUUCAUUUACGGUCACAAUUCAAUAUGAUCAAAAUGCCACUUCAAACGUUCAAAGCAAAGAAUUGAAAAAUGAACACGGAGAAAACGUCACUGAUGAGACUACUCAUGAUAGAGAAUUUGCAUUGCCACAACUACCAGAUUCGGUGUCUUGUUAUUUAGCUGAGAAACUGGCUCAAUCCAAGGAGAGAAAUACGAUUUUACAUAAUUUGCAAAAACAAAUUGAAAUGCUUAGUAAUAAACCAGACACUUCUAAAUCAUUGGAUUUGUUUUUUAAGAGCGUAUUACUGGAUGUUCAAGAUUUCUGUCCUCGUGCAAUUGAUGACAUCAAACCUAGAAUUUUGAAAUGUGUUUCUGAAGUCAGAGAAAUGUAUCAUAACUCAGAUGUACCAUCGGAUAAUCUGUCUUGUUCUACUGGUAAAAAAUGUGCCCAUUUUGACGAAGGAAAUAAAAUUUUAUUCAACUUACAAAAACAAAUUGAAAUACUGAAUGAUAAGUUGGGAGUCACUAAGACAAUGGAUUUAUUUUUCAAGAGUGUAUCAGCAGACAUGGAAGAUUUCUGUAUUCGUGCUAUUGAUGAUGUGAAAAUCAAAAUUUUGGAGUGUGUGUCUGAAGUUAAAGAUAUUUAUUCUAUUCCAGACUUACCUUCGGCUGCCUCUUCUAUAAAUGGUAACUUAACACCCAACUAUGAACCACCCAACUUUGAACCACCCAACUUUGAACCACCCUACUUUGAACCACCAAACACACCGCCUAUACAUUUUAGCAAUAUACUAGGAUCGCCAACUCAAGGAUUUAUAACAUACUAUAAUGUACCUCUUUAUUGCAAUGACCCGUCUAACUAUGUAAAUUCAUAUUAUUAG